CCUUCUUCUCUCAAGUGGUUUCUACACAAAGCGCCAUUGCAGCAUUGUAUUUCUUCUUCACUGCCCUUCAGCUUCAGGUUUAGGGGAAGCUGUUGGGAUACAAGAACUGGGGUUGUGGUUGAAUUGGAAUUUUGGGUUGGAGAUCAAUUAACAGGAAAGAGGGUUGAACAAUAUGCCGAGGAAGAACAAAAGAAGGAAGGAAGAAAUUUGUGAAGAUUAUUGCUUUGCUUGCAAAGAUGGAGGAGAUGUCAGGGUUUGCGACUACAAGGAUUGUCUUAAAGUUUAUCAUCCUCAAUGUGUUGGAAAAGAUGACUCAUUUUUGAAGAGCAAAGAUCGCUGGACUUGCAACUGGCAUUCUUGCUUCAUAUGCCAUAAAACUGCGAAGUUUCAUUGCUUUUGCUGCCCAAAAGGUGUAUGCGGAAUCUGUCUCUGGGAUGCUGAAUUUGCCCUUGUUAAAGGGGGUGAAGGAUUUUGCAGUCAUUGCUUGAAGCUUGCAAUACUGAUAGAAGAAAAGUUGGAUGUUGAUUCUGAUGGGGGCAGAGUAGACUUCAAAGAAAGAAAUACGUUAGAGUUCCUAUUCCAGGAAUAUUGGCAAAUAAUAAAAGAGAAGCAAGGCUUAUCUGCAGAACAUGUUCACCAUGCAAAAAACUUAUUGAAGAGUGGUAAGAACUACAGGUGUGACUUUGAGUCAAAUGAAAUUCGUAAAACAGAAGAAAGUUUUUCUGAAUCUGAUGAAGAAAGUGAUUACGAUGACUGGAAAGGUAAAGAAGAAUACAUGCCAGUUAGCAAAAAGAAGAGGUCCAAGGGAAAGCUGAGUGCAAUGAAAAGAAAAGUAAAAGCAAAGAAAAUAGAGUUUAUAGGAUGGGGGUCAAAAUCUCUCUUAAGUUUCCUCACUUCCAUUGGUAAGGACACAAGCAAAGAGUUAUCGCAGAAUGAAGUUACCACUGUAGUUACAAACUACUGUAAAGAAAACAACCUUUUUGACCCACAGAAAAGGAAGAAAGUAGUUUUUGAUGCAAUGCUACAGUCUCUUUUAGGAAAGAAAUCAACGAGUGUAAAUAGGAUAUAUAACCUUCUGACUGCUCAUUUUUGUGACAAUCUGGAGUUAACCGAGGAUGAUGAGACUGGGUCUAGUUCCGAAGACAAAGAUCAGAAUUUUAUGGUGACCUGUAAAAGGCAGAACAAGUUGAUCUCAGAUGGACAACCUCAAAAGAAAAAAGUAGUUCCAAAUGUGCUUAAAAGCUGUUUUGCUUCCGUAAUUGCUGAAAACAUCAAGCUUCUGUACCUGAAAAGGAGCUUGGUGGAGGAAUUGUUAAAGCAACCUGAGACUUUUGAUGAGAAAGUAGUAGGAAGUUUCGUGAGAGUCAAAUCUGACCCAAAUGAUUAUUCACAAAAAAAUUCUCACCAGCUCUUGCAAGUUAAAGGCAUAAAGAAAACUUCGAGGACUGGUGUUAUGAAUACAGAAGUUUUCUUGCUGUUUUCCAAUAUGUCAAAAGAUGUACCUAUCAGCAAGCUGUCAGAUGAUGACUUCUGUCAGGAAGAAUGUGAAGAUUUGCAUCAGAGAGUGAAAGAUGGCCUACUUAAAAAGCCCACUGUUGCAGAGCUUGAACUGAAGGCUAGACAUCUGCACGAGGUUAUAAUGAAGCAUUGGAUGGGAAGAGAGCUGUCCCUGUUGCAGAAGCGCAUUGACCAGGCAAAUGAAAAAGGAUGGAGGAGAGAGCUUGCUCAGUACAUGGAUAAGAAGCUGCUUCUUGAAAUGCCAUCAGAACAAUCACGGUUGUUAAAUGAGGUUCCGGAAGUAAUUGCAGAUAUAGAAAAUUUUGAACCUACUCUUGAGAAUUCUCCGAGCCAUGAUAAACGAGAACAUGAUGUUUUGCCUGAAGCACUCAGAGGAUCUUCUCAAACUCCCAGCUCUGAUAAACGAGAAAAUUUUGAACCUACUCCUGAGAAUUCUCCGAGCCAUGAUAAACGAGAACAUGAUGGCUUGCCUGAAGCACUCAUUGGGUCUUCUCAAACUCUCAGCUCUGGUUUAGCCAAUGGAACAUUGUACUAUCCAAAGGGCGGAAUAGAUCCAGCAGAUAUAUCAAAAUUUGGAUCUGCUCUUGAGAACUCUUCUAGCCAGGAUAAACAAGAAAAUGAUGGCUCACCUUUUUCAGCCAUCAAAGCGCCCUCUCAAACUCCCAGCACUGAUUUAGCCAAUGGAACCUUGUGCUAUCCAAAUGGCAGAACAGAUCCAGCAGAAGUCCAAGGUGGUAUUCAUCAUGGAAGGCACCGCCAAUAUGUUCAUGUGGAAAAAAAGUCUUCUAAAGUGUUGUUUCCUAAAGCACUCGAACAAAAAUCUCUUGAUUUUGCUUCUAAAGGCCAACCUGAUGUCAGCCACCAAAAGCCACACCAUUUUAGUUCAGAUAUCAUUGGUGAAAGGCCAAGUGAACCAGAAGAUGUUCAACACAAAGUGAAAAAUCAAAGCACAUCUGAAGCUGAGUUUAUUGAGUUAAGCGAUGAUGAUGAAGAUGUAAGGGGUGAAAUUGUAGCACCUGCAUUUGAAGACCCAUAUUCUGCUUUAUGGCAUUGUGUGAGUCCUCUUGGUGACACAAGGGGCCCCUUUAAAAUGUCAUUGUUAAAGCAGUGGAAUGACUCUAGUGAUCGUGAAUUGAAAUUCAAGGUUUGGAGGGAGGGUCAAACGAAAGAAGAGGCAAUCUUUCUUACUGAUGCUAUUCGCCAAAACUUUCCUGGUAUGUAGAUGUAGUACUUAGUCAGUGGUGAACGAAGACGUAGAUAUGUGCCCAAAUUGAAAGGCGCCGUCGACAGAAAUCUUCUGAAGAAAUAGAAGGGAACUUAUUUUGAAAACUAAAUUGUAGGUAUGUUUUAGCAUGCAUGGUAAUGGUAGGGACGCAAUGUAAGUACCUCAUAGGAAGCCAAAAGUUGGGUGGUAUAUUUUGAUUUCAUGGUCAAGGUUAAGGUAUCUAAUCAAGGGAAUGAUUGGUUACAUACUUCUAAUCUAGGCCAUUGAAUUGCAUCUAAGAGACUACCAAUACAUUUAGUGAAUGCAAUCAAACGGUCAAGAUUAGAAGUAUGUAACCAAUGCUUAACAUAAAAUAUUUGUUGGAGAAUCUCUAAUCAAUCAAGUUCUUGUA